AUGAGUCAAGAAAAGAUAUGUGUCAAACUUCCAACAACAGAUAAAAAAGUGACACUUUUAAAAUGGCGAGUAAAAGAAGGCACUUUGGUAAACAGCACUGUUGUUGUACUUCUUUAUCAAGAGGACGGAGACAAAGAUCGGAAAAGUUUUCGCACUCAUCACGUUGGUGUUGUUAAGAAAAUCUUAAUACACGAAGGCCAAGAAGUUCCUGCAGGAUAUCCUGUAUUUGAGUUGGAGCCUGGUUGUAGCCACAGUACUGUGGUCAGUGAUUUAUGUGCAGAUUGUGGUGCCGAUUUAAGAAUUGACAAUGCAUCUAAACCAACUGCAUCUGUUUCUAUGGUACACAGUGUACCUGACCUCAAAGUCAGCGAACAGAGUGCGUUGUUAUUGGGUAAAGCUGAUGAAAAACGUUUGCUUGGUGAUAAAAAACUGGUGUUACUCGUAGAUUUGGAUCAAACACUAAUACACACAACAAAUGAUAAUAUACCUAAUAAUAUCAAAGAUAUUCAUCAUUUUCAACUUUAUGGACCAAAUUCACCUUGGUAUCACACAAGACUUAGGCCAGGAACAUACAACUUUCUGUCCUCUAUUAGUGAAUUAUAUGAACUUCACAUCUGUACAUUUGGUGCUCGAAACUAUGCUCACACUAUAACUCAUAUACUGGAUCCAAAAGGAAAGUUGUUUUCUCACAGGGUUUUAUCACGUGAUGAAUGUUUUAAUCCAAACAGUAAAACUGGAAAUCUCAAGGGAUUGUUUCCAUGUGGUGAUAAUAUGGUAUGUAUAAUUGAUGAUCGCGAAGAUGUCUGGGAUUAUGCUUUAAAUUUGAUACACGUCAAGCCAUAUCAUUUUUUUCAACACACUGGUGAUAUAAACGCCCCUCCAAAUUUACAAAAAAAUGUUGAUAUUUCUUUACAACAGGAUAAUAGAGUGGAUUUUACACAUUUAGUUCAAGGUAUAACUAUUAAAAAAAAAGAUAACAUAAAAGGUGAUCCACAAAUGGAAGAUGGAGAAGUUUUGUCUGACGAUGAUUCAGGAAAUACAACAACUGAUAAUGAAGAAAAAAAUAAAAAUGAUGUGGUAAUUAAAGACAGUAGUGAUCAAGUAGAAGUAGAAGAAGAAGAUGAUUACUUGUUAUACUUGGAAGAUAUUUUAAAAAAUUUGCAUAAGGAAUACUUUAAAGAAUAUGAUCAAAAUUAUGAGUUGUACGGAAAUAAUUUUGAGGUUCCUGACAUGAAGCGUAUCAUACCUACUUACCGUUCAAAAAUACUAGCUGGUAAAAAGCUAGUAUUCAGUGGCUUAGUGCCUACUCCUGUACCACUGACUGAAAGUCGAGCUUAUAAAGUGGCUCGAUUAUUAGGUGCAGAAGUCACAGAAAAUAUCAAACCUGACUCUACGCAUUUGGUCGCUGUUCGUCAGGGCACACUUAAAGCUAGUGCAGCCCGUAAACGCCCCGAUAUAAAAAUAGUGACACCUGAAUGGUUGUGGCUUUGUGCAGAACGUUGGGAACAUGUUGAGGAAAGAUUAUUUCCUCUCCGAUCAGAAGGUGGGGGUGGUUCUAGUAGUCGAGACCCACCAGCUCAUUGUAGUAGUCCAGAACACUCACCACAUUUUAUGGCCAAUAACCAAAAUGUUUCUCAUGUAAAUAAAGAACAGGACCAAAAAUUUGCAGAGACUCUUAAUCCACUACUUUCGUUUUCUGAUGAAGACAUUAAACGUAUGGCAGGAGAAGUAGAGGACAUGACCGAUGAUGAAGAAAGUUGUGAUGGUGAUGAUGUGCCUGAUAUAAUUGAUGUAUUAAAAAUAAAUAAAGAUGGAAAUUCAAGUUCAGAAGCAUCUUUAGACGGUUCUAGGAGAGGAAAUAAACGUCAUUUCAGUUCAUCAGAAUCAACCGAUAAUGAAGAUGAAGUAGAAAAAGAAAUAGAAGGUGAAACAUUAAUUGAACGAUUCCGAAAAAGUACUAGCAGAGGACAGAAGCGUAGGCGCAGUUCAUUGGAUAGUGACGGAAGUGAAGAAGAUAAUGAAACAUUAAAUGAAAAAUUUCGUCAAGGUAAAAAUUUAGAUGAUUUAGGCGUAGAAUGGGGUAACAAUAGUGAAAAUAGUGUGGACCCACCUGAAGAGAUGAAUGAUUCUGACUGGGGUAACAAUAGUGAAAAUAGUGUGGACCCACCAGAUGAGAUGAAUGAUUCCGAAUGGAAUAUGUUGGGCGCUGCUUUAGAAAAAGAAUUUUUGGAAAAUCAAUAA